AGCGAGAGCGUAGAAGGUCGGCCGGUCCGUCGGUGCCCGACGCGUCGCGCUUCGCGCUCAACACCGCACACCGCCGCUCAGCGUCCGUCCGAGCCGACAAAACACGCCGAGCGCACACGAAAGCAGCGAAGCGACGAAGGCUGCACACAGCUCACACCGCACACAGCAGCCGCAGCAGCGAAACGCGCCGGACGAGAGAGUAUAGUAGUGCACGGACGACAGAGGGACGACAACGCGAAGAGUGCGACGCUAAUCGAGACGAGAACCGACCGCGACGCAUCGGCGGCUCCCUUGCCGCGCGUGCAGUGCAUGAAUUGUGUGGUGGAUGCGAAUUAUCAGUGCUGUGCACACCGGAGUGUUACUCUCGCCCAUGCCCAGCGCCAGUGCGGGCCGCGCGUGUUUCAUAAUAAAAUGUGAAAACGAUCGGGCGCGGAAUCCACGAACCACGAGCGCGCUCGCUAUUUUUGGCCGGAGUGUAUUUUCAUCUUCUGUGUAGUCGGCGCGCGCGUGUGCGUGCUGGCGGCACGUCGGUGAGCGCACGGACAAAGGCGGCGCCGGCGUGUGUGCGUGCGACGUCGGCUAUCCCGAGUCGGCAGAUAGUCGGCAAGCGUAGUCGUGAACUCGUCCGGUAUGUCCGCGAGCAUGCGCCGUGCGAGCGGCGACGCGAAACACGUUCGACGCGGCGGCGUUCAGCGGCGAGACGACCAACAGCCACAGCCAGUCUAGACGGCACGCAUACACGCGCGCACCGUCCGUAGACAAACAAUACCGACGCAUAGACACAACACACAACAAGCGCCCAGCGCUGCGCUGCCGCGCGCCGCGAGUCAAGUGCACGCAGUUGUGUGUGGAGCACCACCAGCGAGAUGUGCGGUACGCGCGCGGAGGAGUGCUGAGAGCGACGCCAACGCGAAGAUGCCCCUCUAGCCGCCCGCGCCGGACACCCACCACCGCCACAUGAUGAUGGUCACGCCGCAUCUGAAGACCGUCCUCAAGGACUACCAGCACAGCGCCGUGAAGAGUCUGCACGGGCCGGCGCACCACUUGCAUCCGCCGCUGAGUGGAGUCGCCGCGGCGGCGGCGGCCGCCCCCUACGAGGAGGACGCAUGUUCGCCGACGACGGCGGCGGGCAGCAGCGCGCCCGCUGCCUACGUGCCGCCGCUGCCCGUGCAACAACUGCCGAUCCUCACCACGUCCGACACCUCCUCCUCGGACCUCUCCUUCACGCCGCUCGAAGACGUGUCGAUCUCGUGCUUCUCCGUCGGCGGCGAGAAGCGCCUCUGUUUACCGCAGGUGCUGCAGUCCGUUCUCGGCGAUUUCACGCUCGCGCAGAUUAACAAUCAGUGCGACAACCUGCUCAUCUACUGCUCGCGCUGCACGCCGGAGCAGCUCAACGUGCUGAAGGGUCAGGCUAUUUUGCCCUCCUCAGCGUUUUCCUGCGGCCUCAUCACCAAAAGCGACGCGGAACGGUUAUGCAGCGCGUUGCUGUACGCGCGCGCCAAGUCCACCUCGACGAAAAUCAAAAAAGAACCCACAACACAUGCUUCGUAUACGGAGAAUAAUGUCGACGCACACCACCCGGUUGCAAAAAGCGCGCCGGCAGCGGUCAAGACCGAAGACGGCGGCGAUCGGUGCAAUGGGGCGCGCGUGCGGCCAACGCCGCGUGCCGGCGGCCGUGUCUUCCGCGUGCGGCACGAGUGCUUCGGUCGCGCCGUCGGCGUGCUGCACGAGGCGCUCUACGACGCCAAGCAGGCCAAGUGCAUCGAGUGCGUGGAGUGCAAGGGCUGGCACAGUCCGCAGCAGUUCGUCAAGCACGUGCACUGGCAGCACGCACGCGGCGAAAGCCACACGGUGCACUGGGGCUUCGACAGCGCCAAGUGGCGGCAUUAUCUGCUGCCGCUCGCUGAUGCGGAGGAGUGCUGUGCUCGCCCGCUGGCUGACGAAGCCGACGCCGAUCGUGUGCUGGACCUGAUGCGCGAUCGAUACGAAGGGGUCGCGCCGUUCGCCGCCUACGAGGAGGAGAAGGCCGAGAUUAAGAAGGAAGUCAAUGGUAACGCAGUGAUACCACCCGCCAAGGAGUGGAAUAUGCCGCUGAAACGCAAACUGCUGCAUCAAGUAUCCAAGACGUCGCCACCGCCACGACCACCGCCGUCACCUCCGCCGCCGAUCAAACGCGACACCCCCUCGCCGCUGUUUGCCUCCAAGAAAGCGAAACUCUCCGGCGAGGAAUACAUGCUCAUGACGCAGCCGUAUCUCCCGCCGAUGGACCACCCGUACGUCUUCCAGCAGUUCCAUCUGUCGUUCCCGUACGCCCGACCGCCGAACGCAUUACCGCUGGGCGUGGGCCAUCAGUCGGCGAAGGAGGCCAAGCUGCGGCAGGCGAUCGUCAAGAGUAAUGCGGACCUGGCGCGAAUUCCCGCCGAUGACCCACCGCUGCCGCCCACGCCGAAGAAACAGCGUCUUAUACAUCAUCACAUGCAGGAGCAGCAGCGCCGGAAGCUGGAGGAGGUGCAGAAAUCACCGGAUUCCACCACCGUGCCCACCACUCCCAGCACGCCUGCCGAACGCAAAUACUCCGAGAUUGAUUUGUCCACCACCGACACGGAGGAUACGGCGUCCGAGGGCACGGAGGCGCCGAAAGCCGCAGCGGUGGACGCACCGCGCCCACCCGACAAUGACCCCGCCAGCCCUGAAAUGGAGCGCCUGUUUGAAUUGCUAGCGCUCAACCCGCAUCCGGAGAAGACGCGCAUCGUCGACAUGUUCCGCCGCCUGCUCGACGAGCGCGCCGCUAGGGACGAGCGCAUUGUUCAGCUCGAGGCGCAGGUGGAGGCGCUGCAGCGGCGGCGAGGGCGGUCGCCCGCGCGCGAAUGUAACGCCGAGGCGGCUGCCGCCACCGGUAGUGAUGAGGCGCUUGAGUCCACAGCGCAGGGUGGGGGCGGACGCUGUGAGCCCAGCCCCGUCGACGAGAAACCAGUACAAACUGACUAUAAGAGUGUCAUAACGUCGCCGGCGCGGAACGAUAGCGAAGCAAUACAGGAGGACGACGACGGCGGCGGCGGCGGCGAUGCAGCGACGUCCACGUCGAGCGGCGACGAUGCGAACCCACACUGCCCGUCUGCGAGCGCUGCGCCGGCGGCGGCGACCACGACGUAAACACCGAACUAAUUCGAGAGAAAGCAAUCAAAUUUUACAUUUCGACGGUUUUUUAACGAGUAUCACACACACACACACACGAAACAUGCGCGCGCGCGACGAUCGGUUUACGAGGCGCCUCUUAUUUACGACGGUGUCACUCGCCAUGGUUUAUUUACGGAACUCUGCUUCUUGUCGCGUGUUUAUAAGGGCGACGACGCCCGCGGUGCGCUGACGCUUUUCUUUUGCCCUUUUCGCGGCGACGAAAUUGUCACACAAAAAGUUAUUGUUGAUAUUCUUUGAAAUUUUAAAAAUACGAAUGAGGAGGGAAAACAAAGAAGUACAAAUAAUAUAUAAACAUAGAGAUAGAUAUACAUAUAUAUAAAUAUAUAUAUAUAUAAACGACAUGUAGAUAGGAAGAAGACAAAGAGCGCGAGCGAUAGUGAUGAUAAGUGAAGGAAUGUUAGACUCAAAGUCAGUCCUUAUUUGGAAACUUUUAACGUUCGAACAACACAACAACAAAAAAAACGCAGCUUUUAAAAUUUUAAAAUCCAAAACACAACUCAGGUUCGAUUUUACUACAGAAACAAAAAAACAAAGUGGAAGACAUGAUGAAAAAUAAACGCUGGUCGUAUUAUUACUAUUAUUAUACAAAACAAGAAAAGAAAAACUACGCAAACAAUUGAUGCAAAUAAAAACGAAUUCAAAGAUAUAACGUGGUGAAACACAUUUUGACGACAAGUGCCCAUAUUUCUAUUUUUAUUGUUAUCAUUAUUAUUUAAUAAGGUUUACUCACUUUUAUUAUUAUUUAUGUAUUACGCUAUUACGGAGUUAAUAAUGUACGUUCUGUAUUCGUAAGUGUUUUCGAUUAUUAUUAAUAGUAUAUAUUAUUAUAUAUAUAUUUGUUUGUGAUCUCAGCAUCAGAAUUAAUCUAAGAGAAGUAAUAAACUUGUUCUCUUUUUA